AUGGCCGAAUUUCAUCCAAGCCUAUUCAGGAGAAAGAAUCGGCCCGAAGACAUUUCUGAGGCAGUGACAGAGGUCAAGUCUACAUCAAUACCACAGAACACACUUUAUGAAGAACCCUUAGUCUCACAGCAUCGGGCAAAGAAAAAGUAUGUGACAGUGUACGGAUUCACAGCAGGAAACCUCGAUGCAGUGAUGGAUACUGUUAAGUCCUGUGGAGAAGUUCUAGAAGUUGAAUAUGGAAGGAACUGGAUAAAUGUUUUGUUCGAUAACGAAGACAGUAUAAAGAGAUGUCUGAGACUAAACACUACGAUGAUCGAGGACGAGAUUGUGGGGACUUUCAGACAAGGAGGAGGAAUUAUUGAUUCCAGCGAUAUUUUUGUAAGGAAGAAGGGGGUUUUUACGUCUAUAAUGGAAUAUCUGUUUGGAGAUUAA